UAGUGGUGAUUUUAAGGGGUUUAAAGUUGUUUACUCUUGAGCGCACUUGAUCAACAAUGGGACACUCCGAGCGAUGCAGUGAUCUGAAAACCUACUGGAAUAGAAGUGCUUUAAAAUGUGCGUUGUGUACUGUAACGCCAGGAUAUGGAAUAACCCCUAACUGUGGCUUUGACGACGACGGAGGGCGACACGAGCCCCCCCACACCGAGUGCAUAGCCAACGCUACUUUUAACGACGGCAGCGACGCGUAUUGUCGGCCAUGCGCCGCGUGUGCGCGCGGGUUCACCAUCUCGAGCGCGUGCAGCACGACCUCCAACAUCAAGUGCCAAGACCCGGGAAGCGGGGCGGCCGCGGCUCCUGUCUCGGUGAGUGUCUGCUGCUCGGAAGCUUUUAUACUUUCAUGGUGUUCUGAACUGACGGACAUGAUCCCCGUUUAUCUUCCUCUGCAGCAACCAACGUCAUCGCAUCACGUGUCGAGUGUCUUCAGCACGACAGCCCAAGGAUCCAGUUUAAAACCAAAUGCAGCAACUAUACUAAUUACCUUCUACCCAGCUCAUGAUGUAGGCAUACUAUGGGCGGUACCGUUUGCCAUCCUGAUUUCCAUCAUGCUUGUUGUGAUAUGUGCUUGUCUAAUCUACUUGAAGCGGAAAAGAGGUCAGCAUACGGCGUCGAGUCAUCGCAGAAGAUCAUCAUACAUCAAUGCAGGGUUCUCUCCUCUUGGCAACAAUGAUCUGGAGCACAUUCUGAGCUGCGACAUCCUGACGGCACCUUUACAGGCGGUGCUGGACAACCUGGACGUUUUGGAAGAGCUGGUGAUUUUGUUGGAUCCAGAGAACCAAGGAGUAAAGAACACCAAACAUCUGGCGUCUCAUUGCUCCUUCCCCGCCACCUGGAUUACUUACACCUACUCCAUGAAGGACAGCAAGAGCCCUCUGAAAACAUUGUUGGAGGGGGUCACCAGCAGGCACCCCGACUGGACCGUCGGGCGCCUGGCUAAGAUGCUCAAACAUAUUGAGCGCAACGACGCCAUCGCCGUUCUCACCAAACUGGAACUGAAUGUGAUGCAAGUGUAACAUAUCAUCUACUAUUCACUUCAGGUUUAAGACUGCAGACAUUUGCCUCGUUUCUGUAAGAUUGACACUGUAAAUAUUUAACCAAUAACCAGCAAUCGAUGAAGAAAUAAUGAUAAAGGAGGCUUCCAGAACAGAUCAGUAGUAACACAAAGGAAAUGUAUAUCGGGAGAGUUGUUCAAUGCAGAAGAGACGUGUUCUUCUAAGAGGACCCAUAUAGUAAACAGGAAUAUAUAUAUAUAUUUUUUACAUUCAUGCACAUAAUUAAAUAUAAUUAUUAGUGUACAAAAAACUAUUCAACACAUUUAUAUUUUGUUAGCCUCUUGUAAUAUUCAUACGACAGUAUUAGGGCCACAUUAAGGAAGAAACAAACCUCAUAGGAGAAAAAGAAGAAGCACAUUAGCUUUUGUGGAGAUAUUUUAUAUCUCCUGUAUACAUGUUAAGAUUGAUAACAUUGUAUGUAAUGUUGUAGUAGUUUAUGAUAGGUCUCAACACAAUGUAUUAGUAUAGAUUUCUAGCUGUGUUGUAGAAUUACACAUACUGAUAUUCACAGAUGAACUCUGUGACUGGACACAUUCUAGUAGAACAGGUGUAGCUGGUUGACCAGUGGGGUCAACUCUUUUCUAUUUAGAGAUCAAUGUCUUCCAUGCCUGUGUUCUGACCAUCUCCAUAUGAUCAAAGUCUUAUUCUGACCAUCUCCAUAUAUGGACUUAUGUUUCGUAUGCCUGCGACUUGACUCUCCAGUUCUUCGUGGUUUUCCAACAGUGGCCCUAAAACACUUGUUGGUGCAUUGCAGGACAAGUUUUUGCUUCAAGGGAUUAGUUUUUUCUUCACCUUUAAUAAUAAAAAAAAAUGGAAUUUGU